UUUGUUUAGAGCAACUACAGUUUGAGAGACUAAGAGCAAUUCUCAAGAUAAAGAUCACAUAUAGUUCUAGGUCCAGGUUAUACAUUCACCAGAUCAAAUAUUAUUGUGAAAUAAGCCUAGCUUACCUUCUUGAGGCAAAUAAACAGGGGCACCAUUUUUGGAAGGAAAUAUAUGUUUCUCAGCAGAAGGCUGGAUGUUAUUCAUAAUACAUUUUUGACUUGGAUUACUACGCCCACAGUAAACAGUAACUAGAAGAAACCACACACUGCAAGAAGCCAACAGGCUGGCCCAUCAUGGACCCCGGAGCAGCGAGAUUCUCCCUCCUGCCUGUCAUGUCCAUCCUGCUGCUCCAGCCUGAGGCCCAGGCAGCUGAUGGCCCCCCGGAUGGAUGUGGUGCAUCCAUCCUUCCGCUGUACUAUAAACUGUGUGACCUGAGUGCCGUCUGGGGUGUGGUGGUGGAGGCGCUGGCUGCGGCAGGAGUGGUGCUCUCCUUCAUACUGCUGGUGGUGCUGCUGGCCAGCCUGCCAUUUGUGACAGACAGCCAGCGGCGGAGCUCGGUGGGAAUACAGGCCAGCUUCCUGCUCUGCACCAUGGGCCUCUUUGGCUUGGCCUUUGCCUUUGUCAUGGGCAGGAACUUCACCACCUGCACGGCACGCCAGCUCCUCUUCGGCGUGCUGUUCGCUGGCUGCUUCGCCUGCCUGCUAAUGCAGGGUGUGCGGCUGAACCUACUGGCUCGUCGGGACAAGGGCCCCCCGGGCUGGGUGCUCUGCCUGGGCGCCCUGGGCCUCUGGCUGGUAGAAGCCAUCAUCAACGUCGAGUGGCUGGUCCUCACUAUGUCAUUCCCAUCGGCUAACAGCACCACUGAUGUGCCCGUGCCCUGCCCCACUUCCAACCAGGAUUUUACCAUGGCACUGAUCUACGUUAUGGUCUUAUUACUUACUUCCCUGAUAGGCGCUGUGUCAGCUUUAAUAGGCAAGAGACGCCAGUGGCUGAAGGAGUGCACCUUUCUCUUGGCCACAGCCUCCAUCUCCCUGGCCAUCUGGGUGGUUUGGCUCACCAUGUACAUCCAUUGGAAUGAUGGCAAUGGCAACUCCAGCUGGGAUGACCCCACAUUGGCCAUAGCCUUGGUGAUCAAUGCAUGGGUGUUCCUCACUCUCAGCAGUUUUCCCCAGAUCUGCAUGCUCACAGAUGACCACACCUCAAAGCUUGGCUAUGGGGAAUCCCUCUACAGCAACACAGAGGUAACCUAUGAGAACACUGUGAAGGAGCAGAAGGCGGUCGGUGUUUCCAGGACGCCCUAUGAAAACUUGUACAUGGAGAACAAAGCAUUCUCUAUGAACGAGCCCAGCCCAGGCAGGAGACCUACAUCCCCUUACAGCAACUGGUCUCGCAGCAGCAUUUACCAGCCCACUGCACUAGCCCUCAUCACGAAGGGCCCGCCAAAUAAGGAUUUGUCCUAUGAUGCACUGACGGCGCGGGUCACUGCCAACCCACAAGUCCUAAGCCGGAGUCCCUCUGCAGCCCCCCAGAACCAGACCUUGCCUGGAAUCUGACUCAUAAACACAGGCACUGUAGGUUAAAGGGAGCCAUCCUACCUGCUGACCAUCAUACCUGCCCUGCCACCCACUUCCUGUCCUGUGAUUAAUGUAUAUGGUACCCUCACACUAGGGCCUAUCCAAGGGCAUUAGUCUGUGGCAUCGGCUGGGGCUGAUUCACGCACUUGGUGUUCCAGAGCACAGCCAACUGUUUGAUGAAGCUCUACCUGCACAAAAACAGCCUCCGCUCCAGAGCUGUGAAAUGGAGUUGCCCCAGCAAUGUCUGCUUAAAAAAAACACAGAGAAGCACAGCUGCAAGAGUUUUUUUUUAUUUUCCUGAAGUCCUGUUUAAUUUGAAAAGCCCCUUUUCUUUGAUUCUAGUCCAGUAUGUUAAACUCAACUGGUAAGCACACCCCGGCCUCACCCAAUUUUUUAUCUGUGAAGAACCAUUUGUCACUUGAUUUUUGUCUGUUUUCCCUGUGCCUAUGGACUUAUAAGAAGUAAGUAGGAGCCCACCCCCCACUGUAUUUCAGCCAGACCACCCCCGGGAGUGAACCAGGAGACAGAAAUCAGAGUCUAACUUGAUAAGAUGGAACUGUAGAUUGUUUCUAAUCAGUUACAGCUGAAUAAGAUUUUGUAAAGUUUUUAUUGCCUUCUAUACAUAUGCAGAACCUGUAUUCAAUGAAUGAAAACUGCGAAUACAUACUCUACCUGUGAUUCUUUUCAUUGUACAUCAUGAGUCUACCACAACAUCUCAGGAAGAUAAUAUUCAUAAUCAGCAGAACUCAACCAGUGUCCGUAACUUGAAACCAGGAGCUCCUGUUUUCCCACAAACUACUCAUGUCUAUUCAUUUAAUAAAUGCCCCCAAGACCACAGGAACAUGUAGCACUCGUUUUGUUCAAUAAGGCAUAGUAAACAAGGAAACGCAGGUUCACAACAAGCUCUGUUCUCUUGUAAGGUGAAACAUUUGCAUAGCGAUCCCAAGAGAUAAAGGGACCGCCCCCGAAAAGGAUAGAGACACAUGCAGCACGAUAAGCAAAUACAAGUCAUGAAGUCCUCACACACAUUGAAUAUUGGUGAACCACACUCUGUCCCACAUGAUUAGAUGGUAACAUAUCCACAGUAAUGCUGGCAGAUUCUCACUAUUUCUGGUCACAGAUGAGCUAUGGCGUGUCUUUGGUGACACGGUUUUGCUUACGAGAUCCAAGUAUUUUAACAGCACAAGUGGCCACUGGCAUCCAGCCGUUCAUCUAGCUUCGUCUGCUCGGUAUUCAAUUAAAGGACUACCAAUGUAGAUAAUGUUUUGCAUCACGAUUCUCCAGCGUGUGCUCUGCUUGUGAGCUGUGCUUGUGACCUCCACUUGGCAUCCAUUUUGAACAGUGAAGAUGGGACAUGCUUUAGCUCGGCUGCUAACUGGCCUGUUUACCCUGCUUUUAGAAUCACAAAUCAUGUUACAAACUUAGUUUGGUUAUUCUAAUGCAUAAAACCUAGAAUGGAGGAGCCUAAACGCAGUCAUGCGGCCGAUGAGUUCAUGGCACAUCCUUAAGUCAGUAUAGCAUAAGAGGGGCUCUGCAGGUCCUAUGUGUCUAUAUGUGGCACAAAAUCCUUAAAAUCAGUGACAUAUUAAUAGACUGUUCUAAUUCUCUGAGCAAGAGUCCUUCAGCGUCCUUAUGCUCUGAAAAGUAGCAAGAUGUGUGUAUGUUUAUUGGGAUUUCUUUUGUCAAAACUGGGACAAAGUGACAGAGCAUGGUAACACUUGAGGGGCACAAAUAAUAUACUAUGGUGACACUUUACAAUAUGGUGCCAUAACAACUUAGUAGUAACUCAGCCACUCAAAUACAAAUCAUGAAUAGUUUGUGGUUAAUUAAUACAUUAUGUAAGAGUUAGUCCUUGACUAAUUAAGAGUAUAAUAGUACUGUAUAUUAUUUAUGCCUCCUCAAGUAAAGUGUUACCCAGAGCAGCUCUCCCCACCCGAUCCUGUGCCCCGGACUUUCACCAAGCCAGCUUAUGAGUUAUCCUGCUCAGUGCUUUAUGCCACCCCUGGUCACAUGUUCCGGUCCGAGCCUCAUGACACCACAACCAAGCCCAUGUUUGAGAUUCCAAUUUCAUGGCUGUGAAGAAUCAGGAGGCUAAACAGACUUCUCUACCUACGUUCAGAGGAACACAUAACAAUGUUUAUAUUUUCAAAAAACUCAUACAAAGAAGAAGAAAUAAUGAUAAAUUUUAGAGAAAGAAUCAGUGGUUGAAGCAAUCUUCAAGAAGACUAGAACAAUUAAAUGGUGAAAGUAGUACAGUGUUAUACAGUAUAAUGCAGUAGAAUACUGCAGCAUAAAAAAUAACACAGGACAUGAUACUUAGUAAAUUAACAUGCUUUGCUUAAUUACAAAUGAUACAUGAUACAUUAAUGAAGAUGAAUGUUGUAGAUGUAAGUUGUGCACAAAGACCGUUUGGCAUGUCUUAAUAGCUAUUUCAAUGGUAAACAGGUCCGCAGAGAGCCACUAAUCGGAUUCUGUCCAUUUUUUUACCCAGACAUUCUCUAAAAGGGGCAGGGAAAUUGGAAAGAAUCACUGGAAUUACAUAAUAAUUGUGUGGCAAAAGUGAGCUAUUUGAAGGACACUAAACCCUGAACAAAAUGUUAGGACAAAACAUAAAUGAAACAUGCUUGAAAACAUCUGUGAUAGCCCACUGCAGGAUUUGCUCUUUCAAUGUUACCAAGCCUCAAAACUAUCAAGAGUUUGGAAUGCAAAUCUUGUUCAUGCAGCUAUCUCAAAGGGUGCUUUUCCACCGCACAAAGUACGAUACUUUCGCUUUGUAUGAGGUUAGCCCCACACGAGUAUCUGCUGAUAACAGCAGACCUCCACAGGCUGACGGUGUCCUGCAGAUUGGUAUCUGUGUGCAGUGAACUAGUUUCUAGUCUAAUCUGUCCUGAUCUUUUUUACAUAUGAAAAUAUUAUGAUUUAUACAACAAUGACAGGCCUUUAUGCGUGCCUAGGUCAUAAGAGCCAGUAGGGAUACAGACAGACCUUUAGGGUAGGGUCUUCAUGGACGAUUCUUAAAGUAUAAAACAUCAAUAAUCAUGAAUACCAGAAUUCAACAAAAGCUAAAUGCACAGUACAUUACCACACUGACUUCCUUCACAUUGAAUUCCAAAAUCGAAGUAGCAGACUGACUGAUUCACAUUUCCUAAAUGAAUCUGCAUAAAGAUUGCAAUAGAACAGCCGCUCAGAUACUGAGAAUGUGCAUGCAGCACAUGGAUUUGUUCUGUACCAACCUGCUCAUGUUACGCUAAGGAGGAUCCGGAAGGAAAGAGGAUCACUGAUCUCGUAACGGAUCAGCGGAUAUGAGAAAUGAGUGGAUAGACAGAAAGAAUGAGAACACUAAGAAAUACUUUGAUUGGGCAUGGAGAUGAUAUCAUUGGGGAAACUGCAUCUGGAGGGGA